GUGUUGAAAAGAUGUCUGCUCUAGGGAAAGAAGUCAUGAAGAAACGAGUUGGACUACCCCCGAUGCCUACAGCAGGACCAAGCAGCAGCUCUGGGAGUAGUGGGAGACGUGCCCUGAUGAGGAAGCGUGACUACACUCCUGUUUACUGGGACAAAUACUUCGAGAAGAUGCAUGAUGUGGAAACUGACAUUGGAAAUAGUUUCCGGGUGUACGAGUGCGGGUCCGAGGGGCCAGUGCUGCUUCUCCUCCAUGGAGGGGGCUUCUCUGCCUUGUCCUGGGCCGUGCUGUCUUGUGAUGUGUCUCGUCUUGUCAAGUGUAGAUGUGCAGCCCUGGACCUCAGAGGUCACGGUGAUUCCAUGACUUCAGAUGACACCGAUCUGUCUGCAGACACCAUGGCAAAAGAUGUUGGUGAUGUGGUGACCUCGCUGUAUGGAGAAGAUCCCCCUCCCAUCAUCCUUGUUGGCCACAGCAUGGGAGGAGCUAUAGCUGUGCACUCUGCAGUGAGGGAUUUGAUACCAUCACUCAUUGGACUGUGUGUCAUUGAUGUUGUCGAGGGUACAGCUCUAGAUGCCCUCAACAGCAUGCAGAGUUUCCUCCGAGGUCGGCCCAAGUCCUUCAGGUCUCUGGAACAGGCCAUUGAGUGGGUUGUGAGGACAGGUCAGAUCAGGAACGUGGACUCUGCGAGAGUGUCGAUGGUCGGGCAGGUGAAGAGGUCUGAUACUAAUGAGACAGCAUCAUCUGAGCUGGAGCACAUGCAUGAAGAGUCUCCAUCUUCUAUUGGUUCCAUACAGGAGGAAGAUGAGGAAGAGAGUGGUGGACCCCCACUCCAUCCACCCCAGGCUUCCUUUACACAACCACAGAGCAGUAGCAGCUACACGUGGAGAAUAGAUUUAUCAAAGACAGAACAGUUUUGGAAAGGAUGGUUUGAGGGACUGUCACAGAAGUUUCUGUCUUGCCCUGUUCCCAAGAUGCUUCUACUUGCAGGUGUGGACCGUCUAGACAAGGAUCUCACUAUUGGGCAGAUGCAGGGCAAGUUUCAGAUGCAGGUGCUGCCCCAGAGCGGUCAUGCUGUACACGAAGACUGCCCAGAUAGAGUUGCUGAAGUACUUGCAACAUUCAUGGUGCGACACAAAGUAGCUGAUCCAACAACAAACUUUGAAAGGUCAUUCCCAGCUUGUUGACUUUGGUCUUCUGACGUGAGAGAGGCUGCCAGUCACCCCAUACAGAGGACUCUACACAGUGCUAAACGGCCACGACAUCAAGUGAUGUUCAUGAUUCAUACACAGUACAAUAGGCUGAUUUGAAAGAAAAACAACAAGAUUGUGUUUGUGUGUGCGCAUGCGUGUGUGUGCGUGUGUGUGCAAGUAACUUCAGUCAAUCUGUCUGCCACAACUCAUUUGUCCCCUUCUCUGUAGAAAAGUCAUCAUGUAGAUCUACAUUUACAUCGGACAGAGGACACAGUGUUGUCCCGUCAGUCAGAUCUCCCCGACGUGUUGAUCUGCAUUUACAUCGGACAGACGACACACUUUUGUCCCAUCAGUCAGAUAUCCCCGACGUGUAGAUCUACAGUUACAUCAGAUAGAGGACACAGUAUUGUCCCGUCAGUCAGACCUCCCCAACGUGUAGUGGACCUGUUGUAGUACUCAGUGUCUGCUUCACUGUACACUUCUUAAAAAGAACAAUGUUAUGCUCAGGGCCCUGUACACAAAGCGAUCUGAGAUGUUCGUAACUCCCAUACUUUAACAUUAGGCUUACGAUAGUCAUAGUGCUGAAGUUGCUUUGCUGAACAGGCCCAGAAUUUCAUUCAACUAGUCACACUGGCUUGUUAUAGUACAGUUAUAAUUGUACAGUGAUAGAAAAAGAUGUACAGCCUAGAACUCUGAAACAUUCAACAGUCCUGAAAAGGCUUAAAAAAUUAAAAGAACUGGUUCUCAGGCAAUGGGUUUUCAAAAUAUAGUGCGGGCGGGCGGUGUCUUUUAUUUUAUUUUUGUUGUUGUUCAAACUAGUUUGUAACCAAAUAAACAGUUGUGUACAAUCAGCCUGGGAAAGGGCCUCCCUACAUAAAUGUAUUCCUUGAUGAGUAAAAUACUGGAAUACGUUGGAUUUGGAAUGUUUAGGGAUUUUAUUUUUUUAAAUUUUUGUUUAAAUGGAAAUAAAAACAAAGGUUUGGCAAACUUUAUUAUGAUACAGGCGGUGCCUGAGAACCAAGACUAUAUCUUUUUUAGCCUAAACAUGAACUUUUAGUCGAAACUAGUAAAGUAAUGUGAGAUUUCUGUUUAGGAUUUUGACAAAUACAAGUAAACCCUGACUUCAGCUGGAAUCAGAAACAAAUGCAUUUCCUCAAUAAAUAAGCCCAGAAAGUAUUUAAAGAAGAUAACAUGUAGAGGUAGCAUUUCUCAUGCAACUAGCCUUCGGAAUUGUACACCCAACGUUGUAGUGUACAGUCCAUGUUGUGUUGAUGCUGUUGUUGUUUCUGUAUGCAGAUGUGUUCACUCACUUCAAUGUGACGAACACAACGUUGACAGUGAAUCACCAACAAUGCACUGGGACAUAUACACAAGUUUAUUGUACAGCAGCAUGUUUGUUUUGGUUAACACAUCCUGUUGAGUGGACACAGAUGUGUCACGUGGGCAACAAUCACCUCUAAAACAUUGGAUCUGUUCUCAGUGUGAUGUGGGAAUAUAUGCACACGUGUUGUGAACAUCUAAAGCAAAACAAGGAAACAUUUUGUGAAAUGAAAUUAUCAAACAAUGUUUUCAACUAAACAUUUUCAUAUUAGAGACUCAUUUGUAUAUUUUGUACAUAUGCUAUUAAACUAUACUUUUUCAUUUUUUA